AUGCAUCAGAAUGUUAGACCAAUUUAUAAAAUAAAAAAGAAAAAGUUAGAAGAAAAAGACCAAAUAAAAAAGAAAGAAAAAAAAUGUAUAGAAGCCUUAAAAAUUAUAUUGAAAAUAUUAGAAAAUAUAUCUCUAAAUAAUAAAGACAAAAUAGAGAAACUUGUAUACCUAUCUUCAAAGAUUCGACAACUAAUACCUGCUAUACUUAAUGCUUAUGCCAAUUUUGAUAAAUUUGUAGAAAAACUUCAUAUUACUGAAUGUGAAGCUCCUGUACAAAAGUGGGUCCAAGAAGAGGUCCUAGAAUCCCUGCCAGAAAAUGGUGUUAAAGAAGAACAAAAUAAGCAUCUGAUUAUUGUCAAAAACUAG